UUAGGCUAACGUGAAUAUAGGUGGCGCAUAAGUGAAGGAAGGGGGCGCGCGAUCUUAGCGCUUGUAGUUCAUAUUUUGUCCGUACAUGUGUCGCUGAAGUCACAUAGAACGCUUUGGAGUGAAAGGUGAUGAAUAGUCUCUCUUAAUAGUUCUACGAGUGCGUUUCGUCACGGAUUUUCUCGAAAAUUUGUCAGUAGAGCUGACGAGUGAACCCUGCUUUAGACGUCAUGAUUCACGUAUUCAGAACUUAUAUUUAUUUUUUUCACUUGGUGUUUAAGUGCUCUCGAGAAAACACGACGCCUAGCGGUAAUGUUACUAAAUAGGCCAUUACACUCUUCAUUUUCAAAGAUAGUCUAACAUAACCUUGAAGUUUUGACGUUUGGUAAAUUUAAUAGAAAGUUACCCCCAUGAAAUAGCAGGAUACGAUAAAAAUGAUUGUGAUCUUGGUUUCUCUUGUUUUAAAGCGUAUUAUAUAACGUUGAAGUAUAAAAGUACCUUAUACGAGUUUGGUUUUAUCAUAAAAGAUAUUAAACGUUAGCUGGGGUUAUAUGAUGAUGACUGAAAAUAAAGCUAUAGGAGGUUAUCAAGGAACUAUAAAUUUCAAUGAACAAAGAUUAUUUAAAUUGCAAUGUUUUAUUAAAGCAUCAGAUAUACAGCAUAGUGCCCAAUGUGAAUAUGAAAAGAGAUUAUUUUUAGCACUAUCGACUGGAAAUGCUGAUAUUAUACUUUAUUAUAAAAAGGACAUAUCCUCUACACCGAUUAUUAAAAGAAUUCCUUGGUUUAAAGGAACUAAUAAACAAAUAACAGCUUUUUGUUUUGAUCCGUAUGGGUCUUGGCUUUUAGCAACUACUACUGAUAGUUGUUUAUAUAUAAUUCCUGUCUUAAAAUUAGUUGACGAAAAGUGUACUCUUAGUGAACAAUGGCGUACUGAUGAUAUAACAACAAUUACAUAUGUUGGUUCACAGUCUUCACAUUCCAAACCAACAGCCUUAAUUUGGUGGCAAGAUACAAAAACGUCUACAAAUAUGGGCAUUGUUGGCACUGAAUAUGGAGAAGUAAUAUUAAUAAAUCUUGAAAAUGGUCAACAAGUAGGCACAGCUCAUGUUAAUGGACAUAUUAUUAGUCUACAUAUUUGUAAAGAAAAAAGUAAUGAUAGCAUCUCACUUUUAAUAACAAGUAAAGCAAAACAGCAGUGGCGUUUAUUGUUAGAACAUCGCGCAUAUAGUUAUACACGUCAAUUUGAAAAUGGAGAAAUGUUUACACAAUCACCGACAAAUGAAAUGAUUUAUGAAAAUACAAAGUCUUUUGCUUCUACAAGAUCUAGAUUGCAAGGACUUAAGCAGUUAUCUGUAGAAAAGCUUGCUAUUCUUAGACAAAAAUUAGUGGAAACAAAAAAUCAAAACUUAGGAGAAAAUACACGAUAUCAUGAUACUGGAACUAAUAAAACUAGUAAUUUGGCAAUUCUCAAUAUUGAUUCAUGUUCUGAAGAUUAUAUUGGUACAGUAAAUCCAGAACCAAUGUCAAAAGACACAUUUCUUACACCACAAUAUGACAAGAAAGGCCAACAAAUAUAUACGUGCUAUCAUCUUGAGAGCAGUCAUGUAACUGUACAUGGAUCAGAUUUUGAUGCUGAUCCUUUGUCUAUUCAUAAAGUACCUGAAUCUUCUGAAAAUAUUUUAUUAACCCACCGAUUGUUUUUUGUUACUGAUGCCACACAAUACACUUUAUAUGUAAUAUCUGAUCAAAUGUCUGAAGUCAAUCCAAACAGAGAUUAUAAGUUUAAUCCAGGAUGUAUCAUUGAUCAGUUUUCUUUUGAGAAUAGUAAAGAAAUUAUUCAUGCUGUAUAUAGAUUUAUUGACUUUGCAAACACGACAUCUGAAAAAUUAUCUCAUGACUUGGAAAGCUCAUAUACGCUAUCAUCAAAAAUGAAAGAUAUAAAAAUUGAGACACCAUAUAUAGAAACUUGUAUAAUUGUAACAAAUUAUGCUGUAUAUGGAGUUGUGCUAAGGAAACCAUUAUUAUCUGUCUUUAUGGAAUUAGUUUUAAGAAGGAAUGAACUUGACAAGGCAGGAAAAUUGGCUUUGAUAUUUGGUAUGAAUUCACAACAAUUAUUUGAAUAUGUUGGAGAUAUAUUAUUGACAAAUAAAGAAUUUCCACGUGCUGUAGCUUCUUAUAAAUUAUCUAAGUGUGGACUAUUGAAAAGCAUCUUAAAAUUUGCAUCAGCUGGUCAUACCUCAGAGCUCUUAAGCAGUCUAACACACUGUUUGAUUUCUCCCGCUAUUAGUGAAUUGUCAGCUGCAACAAGAAUACAUUUGUCAAAUUUAUGUAUUCUUGCUUUUAUAGAAAUGACAUUGAGAGCUGCACCACAUCAAUCUAAAGCUAUUUAUAAAGAUUUCUUGUACUUUUUAUCUACAAACUCCUUUUAUGAUGAACUCUUAGCUAUUAAUAUAGCAGGUCAGACCUGUCUUUGGGAAGUUUUACACCAUCUAGCUACACAAAGAUGUCUUUAUGGACAAAUGUUAGAUGUCCUUAUGAAGACUGUACAUUUGUUUGAUGCAAGCAAAUCUAUACCAUAUGGGUUAUUAAUAUGUUUAAGUGAGCCAAACUUGAUGCAAGCAAUGCUGAUUAAUCCUAAUCUAGCUAGAAAACAUAUUUCAUUUAUUGGUAGUAGUAUUUCAGAGUUACAAAUUUUCGUAUUACAAAGGUUGAUAACUUUAUAUGAUCCAACAAAUCCGAUUAUAAGACCCAGAUUGGUUAAGUGUAAAGCACGACAUAGGACAACUUCUUAUAGUUCUCAAUCUAGUCAAUGUGAUUCUAUAGAUCUUGCAGAGAACAAUACAGAAGCUGAUACAUUGGUAGAAGAAAUAGUAGAAACGUUUUUGUUGAUACUACUUACUCUGAUUCAUAAAAAGGUUUUGUUAAAUCAAACUUGUACUUUAGGGUACAAUAUACAAUUAAUGGGAACAAGAAAGCAAGAACACAUCAAUCGUGUUUCAAGUGUUGAUUUCAAAAGGAGAUCUUUAAGUGCAGGUUUCUCUCAUGUUGCACUUAUUAGAAAUGGUGAUGUAUACACAUGGGGUAGUUCUAUACAAGGAUGUUUAGGUACUGGGUCAUCUGUGUUAAGAUAUGGCUUACCUAACAAAAUUAAUUUUUUCCGCAACAUGGAAAUGGAAGUUUUUAGUGUAUCAUGUGGACAUUGUCAUACAUUAGCAGUAACCAAUAAUGGUAUUUAUGUUUGGGGAUCAAGUAAAUUUGGUCAAUUGGGACUUGGUAAAGUGUUACAAUGUUCUAGUCCUGAAUUGAUCACUAGUUUGGCUCAAGAAAUGAUUAUUGAUGCUGUAGCUGGACAAUACCAUUCAAUGGCAUUAACUGCAGAUGGACGAGUUUUUACUUGGGGUUGGGGAGUUCAUGGUCAAUUAGGUCAUGGAAAUACUGAUAAGCGUAAUACCCCUACAUUGGUUACCUCUUUACUAGGUAUAUUUAUAAAACAUAUUAGUGCUGGUCAUGCACAUUCAUUAGCUUUAUCAGAUGAAGGUAUUGUUUAUGCAUUCGGAUGCAACGUAUUUGGCCAAUUAGGAAUUAAUAAUAACAUUAAAAGUUCUAUACCUACAAAAGUGUUAUUGACCGAAAAAAUUUCUCUGAUAACUACUGGGUACUUUCAUAACUUGGCACUUAGUACCACAAAUAAGUUGUACAUAUGGGGUGCAAGUCCAAAAGUUUUAAAAUUGCAAGCACAAGCAUUAAAAAAGACACGCAUAUUGGAACAGCAAGAAGCUAAUGAGAAACAGGCUAAUAAUUUAGAAAAAAAUAUUGAAAAGGAAGGAAAUGAUACUGCAAUUAAUAAAAACAUACAGGAGACUGCAAAAGAAAGUAAUAAACAAAUUUUAUCAACAAAGAUCAUUACAUCUAGUUUGCAAUUACGAAAAAAGCAAUUUGAAGGUACAAGUACAAGGAAUAUUAAUGUUGGCUUACUUGAAGAAUCUCAGGCACAUUUAAAGCCAUCUCUAGUAGAUACAAGUUCAGUAAAAGGACGUAUUAUACAGAUAACAACAGGUUGUCAUCAUAAUGCUCUCUUAACAAAGGAUGGUUCACUAUAUACUUGGGGUUGCAAUAUAGAUGGGCAAAUAGGCAAUGGCACAAAAUAUGAAGUUUCUAUUCCCACACCCUUGAGUUAUAAUCCUGCAUCAAUUUUCGCUCAAGUAGAUUCAGUAGUAGAUGAUAAAAACGGAAAUGUAACUAAUCAAAAAGAAGAAAAUGGAAAACCUUACACGGAAAAUUCUGACAACAAGGAAAAAGUUAAUACUACGAUCAAAUCUGUUGGAAUUUAUUGUGGAUAUGAUUAUACAGUUGCUAUGCAACCAGGUGGUACUAUUUUGGCAUGGGGUAAUAACAAUAGGGCUCAAUUAGGCCGAAUAUCUGUCAAAGAUACACGAGAUACCGAUGAAAAAAUCGUAUUACUUAAAUCAUCUAAUAUAAUUUUAGAUGUCCCUAAUAUUCCUGCACCCAUUAUUUCUUAUCAGAGUUAUGAUAUUCCUUCUCUUGCUGGUUUUAUUUCUCCUUUGAGUGUCAUUGAAAAAUCACCAGCAGAAUUAACGCUUCACUACGUACUUGAACAUUUUAAUGGAUUAUACGAUUCGACAAAAAUUAUGGAAAAGUGUAUUGAAUUAGAAAAUUAUCAAGCAUGCUCAAACGUGGCUGCUUUGCAACAUAACUUUUCUGACGCUUUUUCAUAUCAAUUGAAAGCAUUGAGUGCAAUUAAUUUUCAAUUAUCUAUGAGACCUAUAACGUUAGGAAGCUCGAAUGAAGCAACAACGUUUGAUAAAGAGAAUGGAUCAGAUAUUUCUUCUCUAACCGAAAAAUUGCAAUCUGUAAAUUGUAAUUUAAAAAGAAAUACCGAACUUUUUAAUAAACAAGUGGAAAAAAAUUUGAUUGAAUCCGUAGAGGAUUAUGCAGCGAAAAAUAAAAUGAAAAUACCAUCAAGUAAAUCUUUGAAUAGUCUACAAACACUUGAAGAUGGUUUGUAUGCUUUUGACUGUCAAGGAGGUUCGGAAGAGUUGUGUAAGGAACCAAAAUGUGAAGAUAUACCUCUAGAUAUUACCGAAAACGUGCUUGAUUCUGAUGUUAUUACACCUGACCCUGAACAAUGGAUAGAGCAUGCUAUUUUUGAAAAUAAUUUAUCAGUAGAAUAUGGAAAAGAUGAUGUUCAAGAUAUAUCUUCGAAAUCAUUAGGUGUAACAACAAAUAAUGACAAUAAAGUGACGAUGAAGGAAGAAAGAAUAGAAGUAAAUCAUAAAAAAUCUAAAAGUGCAAAGGAAAUGAGACACUAUCACAAAAAUAAUCUUGUAAAUGAAGCUAUAAAGGUACUUAAAUUUUAUUUACACGAGGUAGAAAACGAAACGGACGUUGUUAAAUGCAACAUAUUGCAAAAUGCACUAGAAUUUUGGAUACAACAUGAUUUAUCCAUUCAAAGUCUGGAAAAUAUUUUUUUUGAACAUAUACAUACUAUUUUUUACCCCCUUGGAUUAUUGCUAUUUUGCCAGGAAACAAUUGAAAUGUAUUCCGACGAGAAUAAAAACGAUGAGAAGUCUAAAAGUAUGAACAUGACAGAUCUGUUUUCAUCUAAAUUUUGUCUACAAAUUUGUUCUAUGUUAUUGCAACAUAUAAACGAAGGCCAACCUACUCCAGAAUAUAUUAAACUUUUGUCAUCCUUAAUGGCUGAUCAUUAUGGAGUACCACUUACUGGAUAUCCUGGUUCAAGUAGAAAUAAUACUUCAGCAGAUAUGAUAGAAGGAAUUAUUAGCACAGUGUCUACAGAAAAUGAUACACCUAGGUCAUUUGUCCACAUUAAGGAUUCAGAUGCAGUAUGUAGUUUCCUUGCAAUGGAGGAAGAUUCAAUGGUAUUUACUUGUGGACACCACUAUCCACUUUCUUUAUAUCAAACAAACAUUAUUCCAGCAAUGGAAACUGAGCUACUAACGUCAGAGUCAUUACUUCUUCCAUGUACAGCACAAUUUUUAGGGAAAACGUUAUCUCAGACGUUAAACCCAGAUAUUCUAUGCCCUUUAUGUAUUCCAAAAGCAUUGAGAGCACUAGUGAAAAAAGAUAAUAAAUAAUACGUAUGUACCUGAAAUAUUAAUUAAAUAUAAAAAUGUACAUUUCGUAAAAAAAAAACAGAAAAAAAAUUAGAAACGCAUAUGUAAUGUCAUAAUUUAAGUAUUGCACAAUAAUAUUUGGAUCUGUCAGUGCCAUAUUAAUCACAAUGUUAUAAUGAAAAUGAAACAUUAAGGUAAAGUUUUCAAUUCUCUAAUUGUCCUUUUUUGUUUUUCGUUAUAUAUAUAUAUAUAUAUAUAUGUUAUAUAUAUAUAUAUAUAACAAAUUAUUUCAAUCUCAGGACAAUUUAAUUCAAAUUGCACAGUCUUAUAAAAAUGAAUUAAAUACGCACAUUAGUAAAAUCUUAAAUUAAAUAAUUUAUCAUUUUGAUCGAUUGCAAAAUGAAUUAAAAAAAAAAAAGAUAUACUCUUUUUAUAUAGAAAAAGAUUGCAUAUGUUACAGUAAUGAUAAAUUUCUAGUUUUCAACAAAUAAUGUUUAUCAUGAUAGUCUGAAUGAAAUUUUAUUAAGUAAACUAAUAUAUAGAUAUUACAUAUUCUAGGAGUAAAAAUGAAAAGGUUUAUAAUCUUUUUAGAUCUAUCAUUAAAAUUUUAUUACUUAUGUAUGGCUUUACAUUGAUGCUACAAUUUCAUGGUUUUAUUAAGAAUACUUUAAAAAUUAGUAAAUAAUUAAAUAGUAAUACAUUAUUAUUACUAAUUUGAAAUAAUAGGGGUAUAUAUAAGUCCAUUUUUAAUAUAUAGUAUAUAUAAAAUUGGUAUUGUAUGACUUAUAACUUUUUAACUUCUUUAAUAAGAUUGAACAAACACGUUAAGUUUUUUUUUUAUAGUUGCUUAUUAACAUUUUAAAAAUUAAUUUAAAAAUUUUAAUAAGUCCAUUUUACAUAAUUUUAACUUUUAAUGGGAACUUUAUUAGUAAAAUAGUACAUGCUGUUUAACAUGUCAUACAUUACAAUCGUGGAUUUAUAAUGGACAAGAUGUCCUAAUGUAAAAAUUUACAUAUUUAAUUUUUUAAAUAUUAACGUUCGGAUCAGUAUAAAAAAAGAAAAAAAAAAUUUCUUUAAUUAAAUAUAAAACGCACAGGGAAAGUCAAAGAGGGAAAUGAUAUAACUAUAUCUAAGUUAAUAUAUAAACGAAUAUAACAUAAAGUAUUAAUGAUUGAAGGCUGAUUUCUGAAACUUAUAAAUCUUUAUAUGUCAUUCUCUAGUCAUUAUGAUAUGUGCAACGAUUGUAUAAAUGUAUGCAUAUUAUUCAAUGCAACACAACUAAAUGUAUAUUAUAUACAAUUUUCAUUUGAUUGUUAUUAAAAUUUAACUUAAUUAGUAAUGAAUGAUUUAUAAAAUAUACAUGUUAUAUUACACAUGUUAUUCUAGGUAAAGUAUUGUUUUAUAUAAUUAAUAGAUUACCUUUGUCUUUUAAUGAAUCUGAACAAAUAUUUAAUAAUAUUAACAAUUAAGAGAAAAGUCAUGGUAUUGUUUUAUCUAUGAUAUAUGAACAAAUUAUAAUGCAAAAUUAAAAACAUACAAAAGAUUCAUUAUUCAGUUUGAUGCAUAAUUUAAUGAGAAGUAUAUUUUCGUUUUAAUAUUUCAAUAAUACUUACCCAAUCUGAUAUCAAUAUUAUUAUUUAUUAUGACGUGUAUAUAUAUGUAUAUAUAUAUAUAUAUAAUAUAUAUAUAUAUAUAUAUAUAUAUAUGUGCGAAUUUCAUUAUAUAUUUGGAUAUAAAUUGACUUGGUAUAUUUAAAAAAGAAUUUUCCAUGACGUCCGAAACACACUAAUAUAUGUAUAUAUUUAUAUAUAUAUAUAUGUGUGUGUGUGUCUGUGUGUGUGUAUAACAACCAUUAAAAUUAAUUUUAUGAUUAGAUUUUGAUAAUGAAGAAUAAAUACAUUCGGGAUGAUGUAAUUCAGUUAAAAAAUUUUUAGUACCAUGAACUGAGGAGGGUACAUGUAGAAUACUUUUAAAGAGUUCUUCUCCACGUGUGUUCGAUAUGAUUCAAGAGAAAUCAAUUGCCUCGAACGAUAUAUAAUGUACAUUUAAAUAAUUAAUAUAUCUUGUAAAAUAAUUUUAAUUUGUAUAAAUAUGAAUGUUGCGAAUAUAUAUAAAUAUGUAGAAAGUCUUUCAUUAAUAAUAAAUAGUGAGAAAACAAAAAGAAAGAAAAUUGUUGAAGAAGCAAUUAACAAAUUAAUAAAAUAAUACAAUAUAAUAAAAUCGAUUAGAUAGAAUUAAUGUGUUUUAUUAAGAGAAAAAAAAAAAAGAUAAAAGAAAAAUGGAAGAAAAGAAGGAUCCAUUUCAUUCCCACACAAUGAAAUUAAUGCUUUGUAUUUUUUUUUUUCGUUAUCAUUUAAUUUGCUCUUUAUAUACACCAUAAAAUACAUAAUCAUAUUAGCGGAUUACAUAUACACAUAAUAUUUUGCGUACAUCGAUAAGAAUAUGUAUUUAUUAUUUAUUCACAUUCACAUGUAACUUUACAUGCAAUGUCCUUAUCUAAUUAACUUAAUUGUAAAAUUUAAUCUGACCUCGCACGAUAGUUGUAAAAAUGUAGUAAAAAAGAAAAAAACAAAAAGAAAAGAAAAGAAAGAAAGAAAA